AUAAAGGCGCAAUACAUCUUGAUCCUGUUUCCUUAAAAAAUCCCCUUUAGUAAAUUCGAUUAUAAUUGAUAUAAGUUAAAUCAAUUCUCCAUUGCCCAGUAAAUAUAUUUGCCUUCUUAUUAUUGUCAUGAUUUGGAGGGUUGAUAAGAGCAGGAUGCCAUACAGGGAGAGAGAGGCUGCAACAGGAAAGAGGCCGGCUGCUCCUUGGGAUCAUAUACAACAGAUAUAGUCGUCCGAUCAUCGAUCUCUCCAAGCACUAUAUAUGGUAUCGAUGAAGACAAUUGAUUGAAACUUUCAUGUACAUGAGUUAGGACUUGUUGAGAGGACAAAAAAACUACAAUGAACUGGACAAAUAACCAUCGAUCCUUCUAAAAUAUGUUUUUUUGUAUUCUAGUUUUGGCAAGUUUUGAUCCAGACUUUCAUGCCUUACCUUUCUUUUUUGUAUUUCAGACUAUAAUUUUUUUCUUAAUGAAGAAGAAAGGACGACGGGAUUUAAAAGUUUAGAAAUUAUGCUAUGCAAUAUGCAUACAAAUAAAUUAUAUUAAAUUCUUAGAUGCAUUAUUAUGUUUAGUGAUGAGCAGUGAAGUACAGGUCUCGAGAAUAUUCAAUUGGACAAGAAUGAAAAGGAGUAAUUAUCACAUUUUAUACAAAAAAUUUAUACGAUUUUCUUAUAGCAUCGAUCUUAAGAUUUACAUGUUGGCAUAAAGUGCCUUGAUAUUGUGAAAUAAUAAAGAAAUUGCUAUAUAAUUUUUGUUAAAAUAUAUCUCAAAAGUGCCUUAUUCUGAAAAAAAAUAACACUCAAAAUUGAACUAUACACCUGCCAUUCAUUCUUGGUUUUGUUUUAUUACCGAUCCAGAAUGGGAAAGGGUAAAUUUACUGCAAGUGAUUCAAACAUGAAAAAUGAUGUUGAAAAGGCAAGUGCAUCGAAUAUUGAAGAGGACAAGGCAAGCGCUUCAGACAUUGAUGAGGAUACUAACAAGGCAAGCGCUUCAAAUAUGAAAAUGGCUUGGGACUUGGACGAAGGAUAUUAUGAGAUUGACAACAAAGAAUGGGAACUUCGAAAUAUUUGGCUAGAUCUGGAAGGAUUAAAGGAGUUGCCCCCUCAAAACGACCGGGCUGAUGAAUGCUGUAUCUACAGGGUUCCCAACUCACUUCGAGACAGAAAUCCGGAAGCCUACACUCCACAGCUGAUUUCAAUAGGUCCUUUUCACCACAAUGAUGAAAGACUAGAGACCAUGGAAACGCUGAAAAGAAGAUAUCAAGGAGAGUUCCUUAAAAGGAAUGACAUGGAUGAGAAGAACUUUAUGGAUUUUCUAAGAAGAAUUCAGAAAAAAGAAGAGAGUAUCCGACUCUGUUAUUCAGGGAGCUUCAGAAUCCACACAGAACGUUUUGUAAAGAUGAUCGUGCUGGAUGCUGUCUUCAUCAUUGAGUUUUUGAAGGAUUCAUAUGAUGAUGACUUUCCUCAAAAUCUUGAUACCAGGAUGAUAUCUUGCAUAGGAGAAGACUUGAUGCUACUUGAAAACCAACUACCUUUCUCCGUUAUCGACUGUAUAUAUAGCGAGUUUUAUAACCCUCGCCAAGAUGACAUUUCUUUUCUUGAUCUUGCCACCCAUCAUUUUGGAAAGUACCAACUUGCACAAAGGCCAGAAUCCACACCACCGACAGAAGUAUGGCAUUUCACUGAUUUGCUAAUGAAUUUUAUGUUGAAAGGAGCCCUCGAGCGAGAAAAUCGCUCUAAGCCUAUCAAGCUGAAAUAUAGCGCCGUCACGCUUCGCAAAGCAGGAGUGAAGUUUCAGGCCACCGAAGACAAGUGUUUGUUCAACGUGCAUUUUGAGAACGGAGUGUUGAAAAUACCACUCUUGGAAGUUGAUGAUUCCAUGGAACGUUUUGUACGAAAUGUCAUGGCCUGGGAGCAGUGCUACAAACCGGGUGAAGCUUACAUCAGCAACUACUUUAAGUUUAUGGACUAUCUUAUUGACAGGUCAGAAGACGUGGCUUUGCUAGCUGAAGAGGAAAUUAUUAAGAACUGGCUAGGUGACGACUCCGCAGUUUCAAAGUUGAUGAACAAUCUAAGCCAACGUUGUGAAAAAACUUCUUAUUAUAGUGAUAUCUGUCAAGCGCUGAAUGCCUGCUAUGAGAACCCCUGGAACCGUAGAAAGGCAACCUUGAAACUCGUAUAUUUCAGCAAUCUUUGGAGAGGUACGGGAACUGUUGCUGCAGCUUUCCUUCUAAUCCUCACUUUGAUACAGACUAUAACUUCCCUGAAAUCGUCAUUCUAGGAUUAAAUCUUGUUUAGUCUAAUUAAUCCCACACAAUAAUUGAUGGGAUUGUUCUUGUUGUAUUCCUUAGAAAUUGUUGUUUUAAUUUUACUUCAAAGCUUGCGUAUUUCUAAAUGUAGCUAUUUCUUAUUGUAUUGUCCUGGAACUGAUUCUGUACUUGUUCCCUGUGUGCUGUCCUUUCCUCUCAAAGCUCUUCUUCUGAUUAAAUAAAGCUGAAGAAUGCAUGAUCUCAAUUUUCACUU